AUGGCGUACAAUACUGGUACUUGGCAAGAAAAGCUCGACGAAGCCUGCCGUGAGCGUGAAAUCCAAGCUCCCAUGUUCCAGCUCAUGUCAGAUAGACGGGGCGGCCGCACUGCUUGGACCAGCGCCGUGACUGUCUACGGAGUUCAGCACAGGGCACGGUUCUGGUAUGACGGCAAGAACCUCAACAACGCCAAGGAGGAUGCCGCCGAGGUGGCCGUCAAGUGGCUCACUUCCUCGGCUCCCAGCUCCCCCGCUACCAGCAGGAGCGGCAGGUGGUCGUGA